AGCCGAGGAGGCCGGAGCUGAGGCGCGGGCUGCGGCAGCCUCCGCGCUCCCCGUCUGCGCAGCCCUCGGGAUGGCGGCGGCCAUGGCGGACCAGGAGGGCGCCCGGAACGGCGUCAGGAACCGGGGCGGCGUCCAGCGGGUGGAGGGCAAGCUGCGCGCCAGCGUCGAGAAGGGCGAUUACUACGAAGCGCACCAGAUGUACCGGACUCUCUUCUUCAGGUACAUGUCGCAAGGCAAACAUACUGAAGCAAGAGAACUAAUGUACUCGGGAGCGUUGUUGUUCUUCAGUCAUGGUCAACAAAACAGUGCUGCCGAUCUGUCGAUGCUGGUUUUAGAAUCCUUGGAGAAAUCGGAUGCGAAAGUAACCGAUGAGCUAUUGGAAAAUUUGGCCAAAGUGUUUAGCCUGAUGGAUCCAAACUCUCCCGAAAGGGUGGCUUUUGUCUCCAGAGCACUGAAAUGGUCCAGUGGUGGAUCAGGGAAACUGGGCCAUCCGAAACUACAUCAAUUAUUGGCUAUCACUUUGUGGAAAGAACAAAACUAUUGUGAAUCUCGGUAUCACUUCCUGCACUCCUCAGACGGAGAGGGGUGCGCUAAUAUGUUAGUAGAAUAUUCUGCCUCUCGGGGAUACCGCAGUGAGGUGGACUUGUUUGUAGCACAGGCCGUCUUACAGUUUCUCUGCUUGAAAAAUAAAAGCAGUGCAUCCAUGGUGUUCACAACAUACACACAGAAACACCCCUCGAUAGAAAAGGGGCCUCCUUUUGUACAGCCGUUGCUAAACUUCAUCUGGUUUCUGCUCUUGGCCGUGGACGGGGGAAAGCUAACUGUGUUUACAGUACUGUGUGAACAGUACCAACCCUCCCUGAAGCGGGAUCCCAUGUACAAUGAGUACCUAGAUAGAAUAGGACAGCUCUUCUUCGGCGUCCCACCUAAGCAGACAUCAUCCUACGGAGGUUUAUUAGGGAAUCUUUUGAACAGUCUAAUGGGCUCUGGGGAGGAAGACGAUGUGGAAGAUGGUCAAGAAGAUAGCAGUCCCAUUGAACUUGAUUGACAGCUUUUUUUUUCACUAGGAACUGCUGCAUGAAUCAGACAACUCUAACUCAAAAAAGACAAUUUCAGAAUCCGAGCCCUGCAGCUUUGGGUCCCCACAGCCGGAAGGGCCUCUCAUUCUGUUAACGGAAGGUGGCUGAGAUGUUUAUAAUGUUUGGUCUCUGUUAUUUAUGUUGAAAAGGUAGCCAAAAGAACUGAUUUGGAGUGACGGCUCACGGCCUCUCAGUGUGCUGGCUGGUGACUUUUGAUUGAGUUGUAGUCUCUUAUGGUUUCACCUGCAGUAUUCCUUUUUUCCAACUAAUACGAAGCGAAGCACAGGUAUCACUGUUACUCGACCCUUUCGAAAUAAUCUUUUUUCCGUUUCCAGGGGCAGGGGAGGGCCAUCUGGCCUGCUGCUGCCAUAAAGGAAUGUUCGAAGGGGCCUGGGAAAAUACUUUUUUCUGGCUUGGCCUGUGAGCCCAGUGCCAAAUGCAUCGUGAGGCUUGCCAAGAAAAGGUGCCGCGCUCCCCCCCACCCCCAGAAAAGCCCGUGUCCAGCUGAGGCCGGCCAGGCUGGGCGUUGGCCUCGCCCUGCUGCAAAGUAGACUCGGGUUUUUACAACAGAGACGAACCUGUAGCGUGGGAUCCUUUCAAACUGAAUUUUCACCUUGGAAAACGUGUGGGCUUAAGUUAGGUGUGUUAGGCUUUUAGGAAAACAGAUCCGUUUGGGAUGUCGGUGGCUAGAAACAAGCUGAGGUAUCCCUGUCCCUCCUCCCAAUCCCAGCCCUGCCCUCUGUGUUGAUUAUUUUUAUUUUGUGUUGGGUUUUUUUAAAAUCCUUUAUCUCUGUUCCCCGGGUGGCCUCUGACAGUGUUUGUUAGGGAGAUGCGAGUGCAGCUGGCCCCAGUGUGGACUGAAACCAACCUUUUUUUCUGUAAGCCUCAUCUAAGGAAAAGGGAUACUGCAAACCUCUUAAUUCCUUUCAUAUUGCAAUAUUUAUUUUUUAUGGGGUGCUUGAUUUCUUUAACUUAACGAAAUUAACCGCAGACCCGGAAAUUGUUCAAUCUUUGGCUUUGUCACCUUAUAAUGCAGUAAGCCAGAUGUUACCAAUAUGAUUUUUAAAAAUGGGGGGAAACAUUUUAUUUUUUCACAGGUAAAAUAAGAAAAACAAACCUUAGAUUAAUACACAGUGAUCAUGCAUGGGGGAGGAAAUACAAUUUUAUUUACUGUAAAGAAAAAAAUUUAAAGGAAGGUUUUGUGUUAAUUGUUGAGUUUAAAUAAAUACUUUAUACUGG